GUCUCCCACGGAUAGAGUUUUGCCCACGAUCCUCUACUCGUUUGGAAGUCCGAUUCCUUCGAAACUCGACCCUACAUCAAGGCUACCUGCCCCGUCCCUCUCUCUGCUUUGCGCCGCGGUUGACCGCCAUCUCGCAUCCCAUGCGUCAAUGCUGCCUCCGCCUCCUGCACCCGGACGCCACCCAUCUCACCUCGCUAUUCUCGCACUAGAUUUCCAUCUCGACUAACCGACGGCAUCGACAACAGGAGCUGCGUGUGCGUCGAGCUUUCGGCCCCCAAUCUGCAACAGGCGCCAAAAUGCAGUCCGUGUCUCGACAGUUUGGCAAGCUCUGGAGUAAAGGCCCCGGAGACAAUGCCAAGUUUUCGGUCCUCAUCAACGACUACGAGGAUGCGGACAAAGUCCUGGCGCAGAUUAUUGACAACGCAAAACUGUGGAGGGAUUCGUGGGGCGCCGUGGUCGACAGCCAGCUCCAGAUCGUCACCGAAUAUGACAACCUUUACGACCCAAUUGUCGGCGCAUCUGACGGCCAUGGGCGCGUCCUCUCCCAGACACCGCAGCUGCAGCUCGAGCGCACAUUCAAGCUCAAGGAGGCCUACGCUGAGCUGAGGACCGAGCUGAAUGGCGAGGUAGCCAUGAUUGAGGAACGCAUCGUCAAGCCCGCCAUAGAAGCUCGCGACUGCAUUGCGCCAAUCCGCAAAACCAUCAAGAAGCGCGAGAACAAGAGAGUGGACUACGAAAAGCUACAAGACAAGGCCACCAAGCUACAGAGGAAGGGCAGCCGGACUCCCAAAGAGGACGCCGCGCUAGCAAAGGCCGAGGACGAUUCCGCCCGUGCCGCUGAUGAAUUUGGAAUCGCCGAUGAGCAUCUCCGCGAGACCCUGCCCCCGAUUAUUACUGCAACUUUCAGUCUAAUACCGCCUCUGCUGUCCGGUCUGGUUCUCAUCCAGAACCGGCUGCUAGGAUUGUAUUACACCACCUUACACGGCUACUGUCAAGAGUUCGGAUUUCCCUCGCCGCCCCCGCCAAUGUCCGAAGUGGUUGCAACCUGGAACGGCUCCUUCAAGGCCACUCAAAGCCGGGUCGAAUCUAUCAGCUUCAUAGCUCGCGGGAAGGCGGCGCAUCAGCCCAUGGGCAAGGCCCCCAGCGAAGCGCCGUCCCGAAAGCCCACGAUUCCCAAUAACGGGAUUCAGCGCGUCUCGUCGGGGCUGAUACCUAGCGCUGGCAGCGGGCCCCAGGCGCGAACAAUGCGCGUGCCCUCGAUGAACAACUCACAACGGCUGCCUACUCCCGAGCCAUCGCCGCAGAUGCAGCAAAGCCCGUCGCCGACGGUCAAGCGGCCCGAGUGGCUCUCUCCCACUGACUUCACCACUGCCACCAUCCUCGGCGGGGCUCCCGUGGACCGCACUAGGAAGGACUGGUCGCCCGGCGCGUCCCCUAACACGCUGCGGCCCCAGGGAAGCAGCUACUUCAACAACCGCGACCAGCGCCCGUCGUCAGCGUCGACUGAGGCAUCCUUCGCCUCUUCUUACACGUCACAGGGCUUCGCCAAGAAGAGGCCGCCGCCGCCGCCGCCUCCGAAGAAGCGGGCUCCCGAGGAGUGGGUCGUCGCGCUGUACCCGUUCGCCGGCCAGGGCGCGGGCGACCUCUCGUUCGACGAGGGCGACAGGAUCAAGAUCGUCAAGAAGACGGACACGGAUCAGGACUGGUGGGAGGGCGAAUUCCAGGGCAGGAAGGGGAGCUUCCCCGCGAACUACUGCAAGCCCCUGUGAAGAAAGAGGGGG